CCGGCGGAGGCCAAUGGCUUGCUGGGCCUUCGGGUCUCCUGAACGUGGGGGAGGGGGGGCUUUGGUUCGCCGCUAGCUAGAGCAGGCGCUUUGCAUGCAUGAGGUCCCCCGUUCAAGCUUUGGCGUUUCCAGUAGAUUCUUCAGCAGUCACUACUUCCUGGGUGUUUGGAACCUUUGCAAGAUGCCAUACCUUAGCUCAGAGGAUACGCUGAAAGAGCUGAAGAGAGCGCUGUCCAACCCUCAUGUGCAAGCUGACCGUCUUCGCUACAGGAAUGUAAUCCAGCGAGUGAUCAGGCAUAUGACCCAAGGUGUAGAUGUGUCCAGUGUCUUUAUGGAGAUGGUUAAAGCCAGCGCUACGGUGGACAUUGUUCAGAAGAAGCUAGUGUACUUGUACAUGUGCACAUAUGCGCCACUGAAGCCAGAUCUAGCUCUUUUAGCUAUCAACACUCUGUGCAAAGACUGUUCAGACCCCAAUCCCAUGGUUAGGGGGUUGGCCCUGCGCAGUAUGUGCAGUCUCAGGAUGCCUGGUGUGCAGGAGUAUGUCCAACAGCCAAUUCUGAAUGGCCUGCGAGACAAAGCCUCCUAUGUAAGGAGAGUAGCUGUUCUUGGAUGUGCAAAGAUGCAGAAACUCCAGGGAGACUGUGAAGUGGAUGGUGCACUAGUUAAUGAGCUAUAUAGUUUGCUUCGUGACCAGGAUCCUAUUGUAGUGGUGAAUUGUUUGAGAGCGCUAGAGGAGAUCCUAGCCCAUGAGGGAGGAGUUGUCAUCAACAAGCCCAUUGCCCACCAUCUCCUUAACAGGAUGCCUGAUCUAGACCAAUGGGGCCAAAGUGAGGUACUGAUCUUUCUGUUGCGCUACAAGCCCCGCUGUGAAGAAGAGCUCUUUGACAUCCUUAAUUUACUGGAUGGAUAUCUCAAGAGUAGCAGCACCAGUGUGGUGAUGGCUGCCACGAAACUCUUCUUGGUACUGGCCAGAGACUUUCCCCACGUGCAGGCAGAUGUGUUGGUGAGAAUGAAGGGCCCGCUCCUGGCUGCUUGCACUUCUGAGAGCAGGGAACUCUGUUUCACUGCCUUGUGUCACGUGCGCCAGAUCUUAGAUAGCCUUCCUGGUCACUUCAGCACCCAUUACAAGAAGUUCUUCUGCUCUUACUCAGAACCGCAUUACAUCAAGUGCCAGAAAAUGGAGGUGCUGUGCAAGUUAGUGAAUGAUGAGAAUGUGCAGCAGGUACUAGAGGAGUUGAGGGACUAUUGCACUGAUGUGUCAACAGAGCUUGCACAAGGAGCAAUCUUUGCCAUAGGCAACAUUGCAAGGACUUACACAGAGCAGUGUGUGGGGAUCCUAACUGAGCUCCUUAAGCUGAAGCAGGAACAUAUAACUUCAGCUGUGGUGCAGGUUUUCCGGGACCUGGUGUGGUUGUGUCCACAGUGUACAGAGAGUGUGUCCCAGGCUUUGUCUGGCUGUGAAGAGACCAUCCAAGACAGUGAGGGCAAGCAAGCACUAAUCUGGCUGCUUGGUGUCCACGGGGAGAGAGUGCCCAGUGCCCCCUAUAUCUUGGAAGAUUUUGUAGAGAAUGUGAAAUCAGAGGCAUUCUCAGUUGUGAAGGUGGAACUGCUGACAGCUUUGGUGCGGCUCUUCAUAGCACGUCCAGCUGAGUGUCAAGACAUGCUGGGUCGAUUACUCUACUACUGCAUAGAGGAGGAGAGAGACAUGACGGUUCGGGACCGUGCGCUGUUUUACUACCGUCUGUUGCAAACUGGUAUGGAAGAGACCAAAGGGAUUCUCUGCAGCCCCGCAUCUGAUCACUCUCUGCGGCUUUUGGAGGAGCAGACUGAAAGCUCUGUGAAUACGUGGGCCUCUGACUUUAACUCCUUGGUGCCCAUAUAUGGCAAACAGCAAUGGGCAGCCAUGACAGCUAGCCGGGUUACUGAACUUCGUCAUGCAGACUCCCCCUCUGAAGACUCCACAAUGGUGGGCAAAGAGCCAGUGAUCUCAGAAAAACAAGAGAAGGUUCCUUGUGUGAAUGCCAGCUCAAGUGGACUCAUUCUAAUGCCCAGCUUCCAUCUGACUGCAGAGCAGUUUGAGAGGACAUGGCUAAACCUGGGUGUGGGUUGCCAGCAAGCUGUUCCCUGGCAACAAACUGUGCUGCCGGACACCAUACAGGCAGCACUGCAAGUUGUCCAUAUCCAGACUAUUGCAAUGAGCAAGGCUGGUUCCCAGCUGUGGAAAGCCUACCUUGGAGCCCAGGAUGACACUGGCUGCCUUUUCCUGACUGAGCUGCUGCUUGAGACGGGGAAUGCAGAGAUGCAAAUGUUGGUGAAGCAAAGUGAAAACAAGCCUGAGGCACUGCAGGCCUUCAUCUCCGUUGUGAACACUGUAUUGGAGUCUGUGGCAGGGUUGAUGUCCUGAUUAUAUCUGCCCUCUGAUAUUUGUCCAGGGGUGGUUUUUUGUCUUUUUUGUCUUUGACAGCUUACUUUACUACAAAUUAAGCUGCAGCUCUUAUGAAUUGUAAUAAAAGGCCUUGCACACCCCUUGACAUGAUAGAGAGUAAUUUAUGAUGCCUGUGAGAACAUUGUAUUGGCUAGAAAGGUAUGUAUGAGAAAAAUGACCGAUCGUUAGAUAGGGAAAUAAGAUGGGCUUAUUUUUGUCCUGACCCGGGGAGCUGUAGACUGGCCAGAGAAUUUCAGCUAUUGGGUGGUAUAGAAAUGUAAUAACAAACAGAAUCACAUCAGUAGGUCAGAUGGAGCUGAAGUCCUGCGUGCUGGGGAUUGGGGGUGGUCUAGGAUGCCUGGAACGGGUCACUAACUGCAUGGCCUCUGCAAGUAUAUUAAAUCUACUGAUACUUUAAUGGAAGAUAGGUAGUAAUGGAAGUGAGAAUAUUUGCACUUUGAAUGAUUUUUCUUCGAUACUGUUCAGAAAGACUGCUGGGGCAUUAGCGUGGAGCCUUUUGCCAUGAGAAAUGUACACUACACCUUCUGCUCUCUUUAAAUAAAGACAUUUUCUUAA